AUGUGGAGGAAACCACGAGCCGCUGACGUUACCAUCAGCGGCAGCAGCAGCAGCAGCAGCAGUAGCAACAGCGGCGCGAACAGCGGGAACAACAGCGGCAGCGAGAGCGUCAGCUCCAGGACCAGAUCAAGGACCUCAACGCCCCUGCCGCCCUCGGGUGACGCCGCAAGCGACACCCUUCCUCCUCCUCCUCCUCGCCGCAGCUCGCGCCGGAAAGCAAAGAAGGCCACCCAACCCAGCGAGGCCGCCACUAGCGCCACAACCAGCAAGAAGAGCACAAGCAGCAAGGCCAGCAGCAGCAGCAGCCGCCGCAACAAGGGCCAGGCCAAGCGAAAGGCGGUUGCAACAAGCGAGUGGAUCGAGGAAGACAUCGACACUGCUGACACUGCUGACACCGGCACCACCACUGCCACCACCGCGGACACCGCUACCAGCAGCAGCAGCACCAGACGAAGCAGACAAAGCGGCGUCUCCCAGCGCAAGCGCGCCAAGACACAGUCGUUUAUGGCGGGCCUGCCCUUCCACCAGAUUUUCGGCGCGCCACUCAUGCAGCAGCGCGGCGGCUCGUCAGGCAUCGUUGCUGGGUUGAAAUCGGGUGAUUUCCUGCAAAAGGAGCAUGCCCUCGACACCCUCAACACCAAAUUUCUGAUGGAGCCAGCGGAGCAGUGGCGAUCGCUCCCCUUUGAGGAAAUCAUCGAUGCUUUGGAUGCCAUCAUCAAAUCCAUGAGCCCUGAGGACGCCCACCUUGCGUCGCGCGCUGCCCGCGCUGCGUCGAGUCUUCUCGAGGCGCGGCCGCAGACUGCAAGCAUCGUUGCCAAGCUGGGCCCCGCCAUCAUGUUUAGGUUCCAGCAAAUGGACAUGGACUUUACGGAGGCUGGCCUGGCGUGCCUGAAGCGGCUGGCGCGCGAAGCUCCAACAGAAGUCCUGCAGCUGAAUGCCGUGCCAACGGUGACGAUGAUGAUCGACUUCUUCAUGGGCGCCUCCCAGAAGGACGCCAUUGAGCUCAUCUCCUCCGCCGCAGACGUGUGCGACGCGUCCACCUUCCCCCAGCACAUGCGGGAGGCUGUGUCGGGCCUGACGCAAUUUCUCCGCAUGUUUGCCGUGCGCGACCCCGCAGUUGUGGAGGCAACGUGCGUGCUGUUCUUCAAGCUCACCCGCAACCUGGCUGCGUCGCCGGAGCACGUGGAGGCCCUGGCCAGCGACGGCCUCCCCGCCGUCUUUGUGCAGAUUCUGCAGACCAAGCCGCUGCCCAUUGCGCGGGAGGGGCUGACGGCCGUGCUGGCGUCGCUGGCCCUCAUGGCGCGGUCGUCCACGGCAACGGCGGUGGCGCUGGUGCAAGACGACGCGCUGCUGCCCAUGCUCAAGAUGGCUCUCACCGACGCAAAGCACCGCAGCCGCCGCGCUGGCAGCACUCGUGGUGCUGAUGGCACCGGCGCGGGGACAGCAGGUGCAGACGAGGACGUUGGUGUUGAUGACGAGGGCGAUGAUGACGAUGACGUUGCUGUUGUGGAGGGUGGUGCCGAAGACACGGCCACUGGCGCAAGCGCGCAACAGGGACAGGGACAGGAGGACGAGAAGCAGGAGAAUCAGGGUGGUGCUGGCAUUGGCAUGCAGUUGCGCGCCAACCAGCUGCUGCAUGUGGUGGCCCUGAUCCGCCACCUGCUCCCGCCGCUGCCGACAACCCACCCAUUCCACACGUUUACGCGCGACGUGCUGCCCACGGACGACGAGGCCGUGUGGGAGUGGCGCAGCGGGGCCAGCACGUGGCGGCCCUACACCACCGCCGCCACCGCCAGCAUCGAGCGCGCAUAUGCCACGGGCGCGCCCUCUGUCACCAUAACCGUCGGCUCGCAGACGUUUGUGGUGGACGUGCAGCGCAUGCGGCAGAUCAACCUGUCCUCGCACGGCGUGCGGGAGGUGCGGCGCACGGAGCGGCCAGCACCACCGCCCCCAUCUGGUGACGCACUGCACAAGCACUACGCGCAGCACCCGGCCGCCUUGUCCAGCAUGAUUGUUGAGCUGAUCCGCCCGCUGUUUGAGCUCUACCUUGCCAGCGCGCGCACGGACAUCCACGCCGAAUUUGCCCACACGCUCGUGCGCAUGGUGCACGCUGCGACGCCGCCGACGCUGGUUGAGUCGCUGCGGUCCGUGUCCAUGUCAAACUACCUGGCGCAGAUGCUGCACUCGCGCGAGCCCGUGGUGGUGAUGGGCGCGCUGGCCACGGCCUCGUGCCUGCUGCAGCGGCUACCGGACAUUUUCGCCGUCCACUUCCGCCGCAAGGGCGUGCUGCAUCGCGUGGAGCAGCUGUGCAAGAUGCGCGUGGAAGUGGUGGCGCCCACGCCGGCGACGCCAGGCGCAUCCACAGCAGCGGCGGAGGGAGGGUCAACGCCGUCCACGCCGGCAGCGGCAACAGCAGCGACACCCGCCACGCCCUCGGACGCGUUGUCUGCACCCUCCCCGCACGCAGCCAUGCUGUCGCUGCAGCGCAGAAACACGGCGGCGGCGCGCGAGGAGAGCAGGAACAUGCGCCGACGCGCCCGCAAGCAGCGCAUGAUGCAGGCGAAGAAGGUCGCGUACGACUUUGCUCGCGAGGCUUUUGGCGACGUGCUGGCCUCCACGGAGGCAGACGCCGACAUCGACGCCAUCAUCUCGGCGGUGAAAGCGGCGACGUCGGAGUUGCGUGCAGCCACGUCCCCGUUUGACCAGGACAAGGCCAGUGCCGCGCUGACGAAGCUGUCUGACCUGUGUUCAGGCAAUGCAGACGGCAUGACGGCCUUUGAGUUCACCCACUACGGUACGGCACACGCCCUCGCCACAUUCCUGACGGUGGAGGAUGACACGACCCCGCACAGGCUUGCGCUCUUUGCCCACCUGUUUCUCGUGCACGACGCGGCCAAGUUACAUGCGCUGCAACGCCUGCUUGAUCUGGUGCACGGCGCCCUCAACCUCAACGAGAACUUUGAGUCGUCGGGCCCGACCAAGCAGCAGUUUGAGCGGCGCAACUUCACCGUACGCGUCUCCCGCGCCGCUGAUGAGAAGAACCUGGGCAGCGUCGACCUCAACCUCUCCGUGCCUUCCACAGUCACCGUCCAGGCGCUGUAUGACUAUGUGGACAAGCACCUGAAGCAGGCGCGGACGGGCCCCGACCGCCUGCGCGAGGCACACCGCCUCCUGCGCCGGCACACCGAGGCACAGCGGCGACGCAGGCAGCAGCAGCAGCAGCAAGAGGGCGGUGGUGGUGAUGAUGGUGGCGAGGGCACACGUCGACGGUCCUCCCGGCGGCGCGGGCAGCAGCAGCCGGCGCUUGGUGGUGCUGAUGCUGAUGCUGGUGGUGAUGGCGACGAAGACACGACGGGCAGCGACACCACGCGUACGCACGCCCGUCGCUUGCGGCGGUCCGCCCGGCGGCACGGCGCUCGCAGAGGAGGCAGCAACGGCAACGAUGGCGGUGACGAAGACGCUGGUCUUGGCAGCGGGGACGCGGCGUCGGACCUGCUGUCUGCGAUUGCUGCCACGCUGCGGUCACGUGGGCGCGCUCCCGGCAAUGACGAAGACAACGAGGACGAGGAUGACGAUGGUGACGGCGACGUGAAUGAGGAUGGGCUUGAGGCCGAAGAAGUGCUGCGCUACUUGCUGGGCGGAGGCGGUGAAGACGAGGAGGAGGAAGAAGCCGAUCUCGAGGCGCAGGAGGAGGAGGGCGAUGAGGAGACGCCGGCAGAUGCACCCCAGAAGGUUGUGGUUGACGACGCUGGCGACGACGCUGAAGGUGGUGCUGAUGCGGACGAUGAUGAUGGGCAUGGCAAUGCGGGUGAUGGCGGUGCUUCGACGGGCUCCAACGCGAGUACCCGUGCUCGCUUGUCGCGCACCUCUCGUUCACGCGCAUCUCGACUCCGUCACCAACGCCUUGCACGCAGCGAUUCAGGCCAAUCUGUGCUGCGCAUCUCCGCCGGGGAUGACUGGUGGAAGGUGAUUGCAAAGGGCUUCCGCAACAAGAACGCCCUCGACCUCACGCUCAACGGGCAGGUGCUGCCGUGGAACUACUCCAUGAUCCAGGCGGUGCGCGAGCUCACCUCCGCCUCCCGCCCAGCCAGCCGCAGCGGCAGCCGCACACCAGGAGUGGACGCAUCUUCCACCGGCGGCAGUGACGACAUGCCAACACGCGUUCACGUGAAGUACCGCAAGGCCAGCGCCCGCUCACGCCAGGUGUCGGUGCAGAGCCUGCGGCCAGACUCGCGCACGGGUGGCGCCGGCAUUGGCGGUGUUGGUGGCGGGGACGCAGAUGGCGCGGCGACCACGCUUGACCUGCCGGCAGCGGCCACGUCCAUCACGCAAGCGGAGGAAGUGGCAGACCUGCUCCGCAUCCUGCGCGUGCUGCACAUCCUGGCCACGGACGGUGUGCGUUGGAUUGGCGCCUAUGCUGCAGCCGCCAUCGCCAUCUCGCCAGCCGCGUUUAUCAACCGCCGCCUGGCCGCCAAGAUCAUGCGCGAGGUGGCCAACACGCAAGCGCUCACCAGCGGCACGUUUCCGGACUGGGUGACGGACGCCAUGUCCUGCUGCCCGUUUGUGCUGUCGUACGACCAGCGCGUGCGCUUCUUCCGCUACACGGCGUUUGGCUGUGCGCUCGGCCUGCGCUACCUGACGGGCGACGCCGGCGAGGGCGACAACCAGCCGCUCGCGCAGAGCAAAGUGCAGGUCUCGCGCAAGCACCUGCUGGCAAGCACGGCGCACAUCAUGCACCUGUACGCCACGCACCCGACUGAGCUCUCCGUGAGCUUUGUCGGGGAGGUGGGCACCGGGAUUGGGCCCACGCUCGAGUACUACGCCCGCACGUGCGAGCAGUUUCAGCGGCGCGACCUCAACCUCUGGCGUGACAGCAGCAGCAGCAGCAGCAGCAGCAGCAACAGCAGCAGCAGCACCACCACCACCACCACUGGCAGCAGUGGUGACGGUGGUGAUGCAGUCGCCAAGGCAGAGGAGGCCGAUGAGGAGAAGAAGGAGAAGACGAAGGAGGAGGAGAAGCAGACGAAGCAAGAGGAACAGCAGCAGGUGCGUGAGGGCGGCGAUACCAGCGCAACAGCGGGUGAUUCCAGCGAGCACGAGUUUGUGUUUUCGCCGCAGGGCCUGUACCCCAAGCCCGUGCACGCGCUGGGUGAGCGCGAGGGGUACAUCUUUGAGCUGUUUGGCGCGUUUGUGGCCAAGGCCAUGCAGGACAACCGCCCGCUUGACCUGAACCUGAGCCCGGCGUUUUACGGGUGGAUGGUUGGCGCGCCGCCGUGCACGCUCGCAGACGUGCGGGAUGUGGACGAGGGCCUGUACAAGUCGCUGGUGAAGCUGCAAGCAGCGGCUGAUGCGAAGAAGGCCGUGGACAAUGACACCUCCCUCGACGCAGCGGCGCGCGCAGAAAAGCUUGCCGCCAUCACGGUGGACGGGUGCCCUGUUGAGGACCUGUGCUUGGACUUUACGCUGCCGGGCCACCCUGACGUGUCGCUUGGUCAGGCCGGUGCAGACACGCCUGUGACGCUGGAGAACCUCGGCGAGUAUGUGGCCGCUGUUGUUGAUUUUACGCUCCUGCGCGGCGUGCGGGAUGCAAUGACCAGCUUCACAGCCGGCUUUGCCGCCGUGUUUGACAUGCGCACCCUCACCCUCUUCACCGUCGAGGAGGUUCGCACCGUUGUGUGCGGUUCUCGCGUGGAAUCGUGGGACUACGAUGAGCUGCGCGCGUGCAUCAAGGCCGAGCACGGGUACGAUUCAUCGUCGCCGCAGGUGCAGCAGCUGCUGGAGGUCCUGGUGGAGCUUGAUGUCGACAACAAGCGGAAGUUUGUGCAGUUUCUCACGGGCUCGCCAAACCUUCCUGUCGGAGGCUUCAAGGCGCUCAAGCCGCCGUUUACCGUUGUGAUGAAGGACGCGCAGGGCCUGUCCCCAGACCAGGUGCUCCCCUCUGUCAUGACGUGCCAAAACUACUUCAAGAUGCCCACGUACAGCAGCAAGGACGUGUUGCGCGAGAAGCUCCUCAUGGCCAUCACCGAAGGACAGGGCAGCUUUGACCUCUCUUGAGUGGACGGCACGCGUGAUCACCAGCAGCACACGGGGACGAAUGUCAACAGACGUGUUGUGUGUGUGUGUGUGUGUGUGUGUGUGUGUGUGUGUGUGUGUGUGUGUGUGUGUGUGUGUGUGUGUGUGUGGCUAUGAUGGCAAGACCAAGCCGUUUCUUCCCAACACCAAGCGAGCCAGAUCUUAGAGUGCCAGCCCAAUAAACUACAUGGGUC